CGCAGCACGGAAGAGGACAAGAUCCAUUUAAACUGGUCUAAUAAAACAGGCGGCAAAACGGAACUGCUGGAAUAACGUCUCUGGUGGUUCAUUAUGAACAUUUGAACCCAGCUCUGUCUGUUUUCUACUAACACCGCCUGGAAACUCUGCUGAAUAACAACCAAGCUACUGCACAGCAGACCCAACACUAGCGGUAAAGAAAGAAAACGUCCAGAGCCCGCUGCAGGACGCUAUCUGAUGAAGAGGACGCACUGACUAGGAAGAGCCACCGGAUCUCUACUGAGGUUGCUUUCAAAAUAAAAGCAUAGCGCGUGUCCUCAGCUGUACUGAUGGUGCAGCAGGGUCAACAUUCAAAAUAAAAGCAUAGAGCUUGUCCUCAGCUGUACUGAUGUUGCAGCAGACACAGUGAACAUCCACUACCAGGGUCAACAUUCAAAGGAGGAUCUAAUGCCACAACAUGAGUGAGUCUGGGGAUAGAGAAAGUGCACCCUGCACCUCAGGCACCAGAGGGCUCCCCGGCAGGGUCAGGAACCUGUCCUCCCCCUCCCCCCAUGGAAGACUAACCUCCCUCAGAACUAGAGACCUGACACUAGGGGGAGCCUUCAAAAAACCAAAGAAAACCUUUGAGCCAAACGUCCAUGCUGUGAGGAAAAGCAAAGAUGAGUUAAAGGAAGAGAUCCUUGUGGCUCCAAAAAAGGAGAGAAGAGAGAGGGAGGAGAGGAGGAGAGAGAAUAGAGGGAGAAGGAGAGAGAAGCCUCAGACCAUCCAGUCUCACUCUAUAUUUGAGCAGGGUCCUGCUGACACUAUACGCAAAACAGGUUGGCGUGGUGCUACAGACCUGCGCUCCUCCAACGCUUCUCCUGACUGUAAACUUGUGAAAAAAGAGAGGAUAGAAUCUGAGGAGGAUGAUGAUGAGCUACUCAGACAACUUCAGAGGGAUGAUUUUAUAGAUGACCCAGGGUUGAGGAACGAUGCCAAGCUGAAACCCAUCCAGCUGCCUCUGUGUCAGUCCAGCAGCUUCAUCACCAGUCAAACAUGUCCAGAGAACCCUCCUCUGUUCAGACCUCCAUCCUCUGGAGCUCAGGGUAAAACACAGCUGCCCAAACCAGAACAGCCGUCCCUGGUAGAGCUGCUGCAGGAUCUCAGCCUGUCUGGCAGAGAGGAGCUCUUCUUUAUGCAGUUACCUGACUGUAUGCCAGGCAGAGCAUCUGGACAGAAGACCAACCCUACUGUCAGAUCUGCAGUAGAGAAAACUGCCAAGAAGGACAACAAGCCUGAAGACAAGAGGCCUGUGCUGCUGCAAGCUCAAGAAGCUGUGGUGAAGGAGGGCUGUCCUGUGCUGGCAGAUUUCCCAGAGGGACUUCUGGGUAAACUCCAGAUCAGAAAAUCAGGAAAGGUGGAGCUGAAGAUGGGUGAUAUCAUCAUGGAUGUGUCUGAGGGAGCUGCUUUCUCCUUCCUUCAGCAACUAGUGUCCGUGCAUCUGUCUGACGGUCGGACUGGAGACAUGAUGGUGUUAGGAAACGUCCAACACAAACUGGUCUUAUCUCCUGACUUCCAGGCUUUACUGCAACCACCUGCAACAACACAGCAGCAACAAGGACCCUGAUCAUCUCAACAGAGGGGACAGUAACACACUCUGGAACACCGCAGAGAAUCAGUGCUCAAACUGUACAUAGUCUGAUGUCUACUCUCCAUACUUGUAGUUGGAGAUUUGUAAGGCAGCUAAGUAGCUCACCUUCACUAAGCUAUUGUAAUCUUUUUAUUCUGGGAAGUCAUUUCAAUCCUGUUAACAUCUGAAAUCCCAAUGAUAAGACUUUGGUUCUUGUCUGUGUGAAGCAGUGAGGACACUGCCAGAGGACACUGCCUUUUUUGAUGUGAUAUUUACAUGAUGUCCAACUCGACCCAAUGACCCAAAAGGACCCAGUCAAAUAUUAUUACCGGAGCACUGAUCACCUGAUUACACUCUAUCAGCAAAUCCACACCAGCACAGCAGAACAACAUGAGUGUGAGCUUGAUCCAGGAUCCAUGAAGCUUUGUAGCCGAUGGUUUGAUCCAUCACAGUGUCCAGCAGGAGAGGAUUAAAGGUUAUGGAUCAGAAGUCAAUGGACACUUGGAUUGUGCAAACUAAUGUAGCAUUUAAUAUGGAGAUGUGUGUAACGUCUGUCGCUCAGUCACUGUCAUUGCACUGAUAAUGGACAUGGCACAGUUUGGAAUUUGUAACAUUUGUAGUAUUUAGCUAACUUGGAUAUUUUGUUGUUUUUUUCCUCAGUGGAUUUUUGCUGCUUUAUUUUAUAUACAUUUUGUAUAUAUUGUUUAAUUUUACAGCAGCUGAAAAUCCAAUUUAAAAAAAUGUUUCUGAGCUGCAGUAGAUGAAUUUGUCACAUUGGUUUUUAUAUGAACUACAAAUCAGGAUUUUAAACUUGUUUGUAUAAAGUUUCUGUAUUACUCUGCAGAGAUCCUCUGCUCUACAAUGGCCUGCUUACUUUUAUGAUGUUUUUAAUUGCUGGAUCUGCCUAUAAUUUUUAUACCUUAGUAGCUCAUAUGUCAUGCACUGUCUGUCCCUCUAUAUCUUUGCUUUUAUUGUUUGUGUAA